CUCUCUCUCCUCUCUCUCUCUCUCUCUCUCGCCCACAUACAUGAUCAUCUGUCUCUCUUCGAGGUUGAGAUCCAGGUUUCCGAUCCUCAUAAGAUCGACGACGCCCAGUUCCCUUCCAUUUUUGAUACAUAAAAUAAUGUGAUGUAGCCGAAUUAUUCGCUUUGCUAUUAUUCCACGAAGGUUAUGAAGGAUCAAACUCACAUGAUAAGAGCCAUGGCGCAUCGGGUACAGGAGCUACUAGUCCAAGUGGUCUUGGCCAUCUUUCAUAAAGCAACAUUCGGCAAGCCGAGCUGCCAAUUCCAAUUGAGGGCGAGCAACGUGCCAGCAGAGGCAGAAGGUGGCAAUGGUUUCUGGUUGAGCUGGAGGCUUGCAGUGGAGGCGAACAACAUGAGCGCAUGGCGCACAGUCCCACCCCAGUGCCAGCGGCAUGUCGAGUCCUACAUGACCGGGGAGUAUGAGCAGGACCUCAAACUGAUCGUCGACCAGGUCACAGCUUAUGCCAAUGGAAUUACUGUGUCCAACGACGGCAUGGACGCUUGGAUCUUGGACAUUGAUGACACAAUCAUUUCCAAUAUGCUUUACUACAAGGGAAAGAGAUAUGGAUGUGACCCGUUCGAUGCGGCGGGGUUUAAGGCGUGGGCGGCACGAGGAGAGUGCCCAGCGAUACCGGCGGUGCUGGGGCUGUUCAAGAAGCUGGUAGAUGAUGGAUUCAAGGUCAUCUUGCUCACGGGCAGAGACCCAGAGACGCUUGGACCUGCCACUUUUAACAAUUUGCGUAAUCAGGGAUUUCAUGGCUAUGAACGGCUGAUUAUGAAGACACAGGCUUAUAAAGGGCAAAGGGCGAUAACAUAUAAAUCAGACAUAAGGAGGCAAUUGGUGGAAGAAGGGUACAGAAUCUGGGGGAACGUUGGGGAUCAAUGGAGUGAUCUUCAGGGUCAAUUCGUGGGCAAGCGAACUUUUAAGAUUCCUAAUCCCAUGUACUUCGUUCGUUGAGAACAUUUUUAUUUUUUGGUCGGAACCUGAGAACAUUACAAACCGAUUAUUCCCAUAAUUUUCUGUACUUUAAUAAUGAAAAAAAAAUAGUAAAUCGACCAAUUGUGUUUUUGAAUGACAAUGAGAAAAAAAAAUGGGAGAGGGAAAUAAGAUUA